CGUUUUUCGAGUAUUUACACAGUUUUGGACAAUUCCAGCAACUAUCGACGCAUUAUGGAAUUGGCUGAUGGAAAUCGAGAUGUUGUCGACCCUGAGGUCAGGGCAUAUGUUUCGAGUCUUGUUACGGCUUUAGGAGGAAGUGGUGCGGACGAAGAUGGUCGAUACGUUCUUGGAGACGAUGCGCUGGCCUGUCUGCGCGACUUGAAGAAAUGGUUGAAACUCUACGACGAAAAAGCGAAUCGAUUGGACGUUGCACGAUGUCUGGCGGAGUCGAAUCUUGUUGGAGGAGAUCUUCUUCAGAUUCUUGCCGCAUGGCAAGAAAACGCUACGGAGGAUAGACUGAAGUCUAAGAUUGCCCUGGCCUGUCUGGAACUACUGGUACCGUUGACAUGGCCUUUAGAGAGGAGUACUCAGGAGAUGACUGUCAACCACCAUCGGCACAUUCCGUACCUGCAAAUCGCACAGCUGGGAUACAAACGUUCGAUUAUCAACUUCGAUGGGGCGAGAAUCCUACAUACGGCAGUGAGAUCUGCAUUGCCAUCGAUGGCGGAGAAUAUGGGAGACCGGAGUACUAGGGAUGAAGGAAUCAUCAAAUUACUGUUGUACUUUCUACGGAACAUUGCGCAGAUUGCACCGCCUCCGAAUGUGCAAUAUGAUGGUGACGAGGCUGAGAUAUCGAGAUCAGCGACUAUCGCCGCAUUCGACUACCAAGAUAUAUUUCACUUGCUACUGACAGUCUCGUCUACGAUGGGAGAAGACUUCAAUACCCAAGAUGUGGUGGUUUUAGAUAUUCUUUUCCAUUUAAUCAAGGGUGUGGACAUCGAGAAAUUGUUCAUGGACGAACGGAAAGCCGACAACAGCAAUAUGAACGAAUUAGCGAUGCUGAGGAAAAAAGAAGCUGCUAUGUUGAGAGGAUACCAGACAAAUGCUCCCACAAGGCAUAAUCGAUUUGGUACCAUGGUAUGGAUGCAGAGGGAGGACGCAAAAAUGACUACAAUCUCCGGACAGGCCGCUCUGCUAGACGGUACACGAACUCUCGCCAAGAUGGACAGCACGAAGAAGUUCAAGCCGCCGAGGAGAGCACCAAAAGGCGAAAAUGGCCCGCUGGACUUUGACACACCAGUCAUGCUGAAUGCACAAGCGAACAAACAUCUCCGAUCAUUCGUAGAAGACUUCUUGGACUCGGGCUUCAAUCCACUUUUCAAUAACAUUCGUAAAGCUAUCGACCGAGAGGCAGAGCGCAUUAUGGAAUAUCACCCGAGACAAUUCUUCUUCCUCGUGUCCUGGUUUUUAGAGGCGGAACGCGUUCGGCGACGAAACAAGAAAGCCUCGAAAAAGCCUUCUGCGCCAGAAGAUUUGGAUAACUACUCGCUCGUGGCGACUGUACUGAAUCAGGAAAUGUUUGUCACUCUCAACAGAACCAUGGAUUUCACAUACGAGAAUAAGGCAUGGGCAGAUUUGAGUGCAACAAUGAAGUGCUUCACUCAGAUUCUUCUCACUGUUCAAGAAAUGUCCGAAUCACCUCUUGAGGAGGAUCAAGAAAUUGCCGAAAAUAUUCUCAAUCGCAUAUUUUAUGAGGAGACGACACACGACAGAGUUGCAAAUAUUACCAGGACCUACAAAGACCAAGGGUUUGGCUAUCUUGAUUCUUGUACGGAGCUUGCACACAAUUACCUUCGAAUCUUAGAACAGUACUCCAAACAAAACACGGACAUGCAAGUGAGAUCACGGAGGAGGAUAAGGCGCAAGAAGAAAGCUGCCCGAGCAGCAGGUGAAGAUGGAGCGGAUGAUGAUAUUGUAGAUGAGUCGGAUGGGGAAGAUGAAGCAAGAGCAGAGCGAGUUUCGGGCGAACGAAAAUUCGACUUCAAACGCUUCAGUUCGAGAUUCGUGACCCAAGGAUGCAUCGACACAUUCGUCACAUUCACAGCAUACUACAACGAUCUCAAAGCAGCACAGUUAAAACGAUGCCAUCGAUUCUUCUAUCGGGUUGCUUUCAAACAGGAGAUGAGUGUCAUGCUCUUCAGAGUUGAUAUCAUUGCUCUUCUGCAUAAGAUGAUUAAAGGCCCAGAAGGUCUAGACUCGCAGUCAAGCUCUUUCAAGGAAUGGGAUGAAUUGGUCAAGCAACUCAUACGGAAGUGCACAAAGAAGCUUCAGGAACGCCCUGAGUUGGUUGUAGAGAUGCUGUUCUCCAAAAUCAAUAGCACGGCUCACUAUCUCGAAUACGGAUAUGAGAAGCAGACUGUGGCUUCAAAGCCAAGAGCUGCAGCUGAACUCGAGGUCAAAGGAGGACGAGAAUGGGAAGAUCAAAUUGGAAUCGUCGUUGGUGCGAUGCUGGAUCGGAACGAAGGAGAACAUAUUCAAUGGACUAAGUCGCAACUUGUGGAAGCCGAGGUUGAGCGCAGGAGCUGGGAGGGAUUGGAUACAGCUAUGCCUUCCGUGGAGCAGGAUCCAGCUACGGAAGCUGAGAGCACGUCUGUCAUUGAAGUCGAACAGCCCAAGCCCCCUUCGAUCUUGGUGAAGCCCGACAAUAGCGCUCGGAAGAUUGCUAUGUUCAAGAAUGGACACUUGCGACUUCUCAUGACCCUGGUUGGAUUCAGACGUGCUGGCGAUGAGGAUGAUCCAGAAUGUUCUUGGAUCAUUCCAUCAAGCCUGUCAGGUGAUCAGCUGAAAGAAGCACUUGAUCUAGUCAAGAAGUUUGAGUUCAGCCCUCCCGUCUUCGAUGACGGGCAAGAAGCUGGAGACUUCAUUAAGCGCAAGUCGGCAAGCACUGCCGCUCGCAAGCGGGCGGUGUUUGAUGACGAUGACGGAAUUGACGAUGAUGACGAAGAGGAGGAAUUACUUUUUGAACCUGGUGGACCAACUGCAAGAAAAUCAGACGCUCUAAAAGAACUCAAGAAGAAGCGUAGACUCAGAAGGAAGGAAGGCACAGAGGAUGCUGAGGAUGCUGAGGAUAGGAGCUUGACCGAGGAACAGCUCAAAGCACGUGCCGAAGCACGGAGGCAGAGAGAACUUGAAAAGAAUCGGAAGAUCAAGAGUGAGAUGUAUGUCGUCGACAGCGACGACGAUGAGGAGGCCGAUGCGGCUUUCUUUGCCAAGGAACAGGAGAUUCGAGAGAAGACAAACCGUCUCUUCCGUGACGAGCAAGAGAGGAUGCGGCAUAGGAAUAAUAUCGAGAAGAUGAAGGAUCUGCUUUAUGUCGGCGAAAAGGUUGGCAAAGAGAAAGGGAACAAGAAGAGGCAGUCGAGCGCCAUUACCGUGGACAGUGAUGAAGAUGAUGAUGUCGUCACGACAGACAUUCGAAGGAACCGAACGAGUGCUUCCCCUGAGCAGAGCGAUGAUGGUGCCGACAGGGCAAGCGCAGGAUCUUCUUCAGCUGCUAGAGAUGACGUCCUAGUUGAAUCUGAAGAUGGAACAACAGACACGCCAUUGUCAAGUCCACAUACAAGACCUUCGCAGCCCAAGAGACGUAGGAUCUCCAAGGAACCUAGUCCUGUCUCUCCAGAACCAGAAGUCAUCAAGACUUCCUCUGCAAUGGUCAUUGAUGAUGAGGACGAUGAUGAAGAUGUGGUUCCUGCGGCGAGACCGACCAGGCGGAGAGUACAGGCGGGUUUCAUUGUGGAUAGCAGUGAUGAAGAGUAAUGACUUAUUUGGAUGGAGUACUGGAUACGGACUUGGACUUGCGUAUUACCAACUGGCAUGGGACCAGGCUGAGUAUUCGGACGGACGGCGUUCUUCAGGAACAGGUAGUAUUUAAUGAGAAAUGUAUAUCCUAAGCCACAUUUAUUCUACCUCGUUUUGGUUUCUACCUGAACAAGAAAAGCAGUCCCUACCGU